CGCAGCCCCGACACUGACCGCACGGUCCGCCCCGGCGGGCGACUUCGGCGUCUCCGCCGCCCCGACCGGCUCCGCCCCGGGCCCCGGCGCUCAUCGUCGCCUCCGCCGCCGCCGCCGCCGCCGCCACAGCCUCCCGCGCCUCCGCCGCCGCCUCCGGCGCCUCGUCCGCCGCCGCUGCGCCCGCUCCGGCCGCGCCCCCAGCCCGGGCCCCGACCGGAGCCCAGACCGCGCCCGCGGCCCUGCCAGCCUCGCCCGCGGCCCGGGCGCCGGCCCCGGCCCUGGAGGUCCCGCCGCGGGCACGAUGCUGCCCAGCUCCAUCCAGAUCUCCGGGGAGCCGCUGUCGGGCGCCGAGGUGCGGGACAUCUGCCGCGGCCUGCGCGACAACGCCGUGCGCCUGCUCUCCCUGCGCGGCUGCCGCCUCUGCGACCGCGACUUCGGCCGCAUCUGCCGCGCCCUCGCCGGGGCCACGUCCUUGGCGCAGCUCAACCUUAACCUGGGCGUCGUGUCCAGCCCCAGCCGCAUCAAGCAGCUGGCCGAGGCGCUGCGGACCAACCGCUCCAUCCAGUCCCUCUUACAGGGCCGGCGACUGCGUAACCUCUGCUCUCUGGUCUCACCCCCCAGCCUGCAUGGGAGCCCCCUGACAGAUGCGGGGUUGGCCUUGCUGAACCCAGCCCUGGCCCUCCAUCCUGCCCUUGUGGCUCUGGACCUGGGGGACUGCAUGUUGGGUGAUGAAGCCAUCAACCUCAUCUGUGGCCUCCUCCCCCCAGACGGGGCCAAGUCUGGUCUGAAGGAGUUAACGCUGAGUGCCAACCCUGGCAUCACUCCUAAGGGCUGGAGCCGCCUUGCCAUUGCUGUGGCCCACAGCUCCCAGGUCCGCGUCCUCAAUUUGGACUACAACCCCCUGGGUGACCAUGUGGCAGGGAUGCUGGCUGUGGCUGUGGCCUCCAGUCGCACCUUAGAGGUCCUAGACUUGGAGAGCACAGGGCUCACCAACCAGUCUGCUCAGACCCUGCUGGACAUGGUAGAGAAUUACCCCACAGCUUUGCGGAGCCUGGUGUUGGCUGAGAACAGCAUUAGCCCGGAGCUGCAGCAGCAGAUCUGUGACCUCCUUUCUGAGGGAGAAGAGGAGGAGGAGGUGGCAGGAGGGCCUGGUCACACCCAGGAAGGAGAGAGGGGGCGGGAGCCUGCUGCCCACCCACGGGGAAGCAGUUCCUGGAUGUGCCCCAGUGAUCCCAGCUCUCAGAUGGUGCUAAUGACAUCAGGACUAGGGGACAGUCUGUUGGCUGAGACCGAGAUGUGACUCUCCACUUGGGCUUCCACACAUUAUUACAUUUGCCUCUGUCCCAGCACCUUGCCCCAGAUACCAGGGUCAGGCCCUGGGGCUUGGGAGGGAGGGGGUUGCCUGGGGCUCUGGCAGCUCGUGGCAGUGUGAUGGGAGGCUCUGGAAGCUGUGAAGAGCAACAGCCUUGGAGGCACUUGAACACAAGGCAAUGGCUCUGGACUUGUUGGCAGCCCUGGCUGCAGCCCGCUGGCUCGGAAGAGAUUUUAUGAACUCUA